CCACAGCUAUACACACAACAAAACCCUUCAUCAGUCUUUAACUUUCACGGCUAUUCUCUAGUUUCAUUCGCACUCCGUCAGCCAGGCAAGCCACCACAAACAAGCCAAACCGCCACCAACUCUCACCAACAACCAACAACCUCGCCACCGUCACCCACCUCCCACCAACUCCCCAACAUACACCACCACCACUACCCAACACCACACAACAAUGAGCGGCGAAACCCCCUCCCAACCCCGGCAGACGGGACAGGCGGGCCCGCCGCUGCUGGACCUGACCAUCGACAACAUCACGCCCAACACGGUGCGCAUCAACUCGCAGAGCGCCGACGCCCGCCUGACCUACCUGAUGGCGCGCCUGGUCACCCACCUGCACGACUUUGCGCGCGAGACCCGCCUGAGCACGGCCGAGUGGACGGCCGCGAUCGAGUUCCUGAUUGCGUGCGGGAAGAUUUGUAGUGACGUGCGCAAUGUAUGUGUUUUGUUGUGUGAAUUCAUCCUCCUCUCGGACGUGCUGGGCCUGUCGCUGCUGGUGGACAACAUCAACCACCCGACGCCGGCCGGCGGGACCGAGGGGUCGGUGCUGGGGCCCUUCCACACGCACGACGCGCCGGUGCUGGCCCACGGGGCGAGCAUGACGUCGGACCCGGCGGGCGAGCCCAUGCUGGCCGUGUGCACGGUCAAGGACGCCCGCGGCCAGCCCGUCCCCGGCGUCACCGUCGACAUCUGGGAGACCGACAGCUCGGGCCACUACGACGUCCAGCACGCCGACCGCGACGCCCCCAGCGAGCGCUGCGUCAUGGUCACCGACGACCAAGGCCGCUUCUGCUUCCGCGGCCUCAAGCCCGUCAGCUACCCCAUCCCCCACGACGGGCCCGUCGGCAGGUUGCUGCAGCUGCUGAAGCGCCACUGCUGGCGGCCCGCCCACGUGCAUUUCAUGUUUGGCAAGGAUGGGUGGGAUCGCUUGGUCACCGCGCUGUAUCUCCGCGGCGAUCCCUACGAGACGUCUGAUGCCGUCUUCGGUGUCAAGCAGAGCUUGGUGAUCGACCUCGACAAGGUCGACGAGGCGACGGCCGAGGAGUACGGCGUCGAGGAGGGGACCUGGCUGCUGAAGCACGACUUCGUGCUGGCGACCCAGGAAGAGACGGAAAAGCUCAGGGACCAGCUGGCCACCGAGGCGCUGCAGAAGCUGGGCCUUAACCUUAAGCUGGUGGAUCACCUCCCGGUGCCUGACUUGGACUGAGAAGCCUGAAUUUGAAACAGCGUU